AUGAAGAAACCGCGCCUCGUCAUCCCGCCCGCGUUGACUUUGUUGAUGGUGCUCAAUGCUCCAGCAGUAAACAUGGUCCAUCCGGUGAUCGCUGCAGCACCGCGAUCACGUGGAUACACCGUUACACCCAACAUAGCACAGGGCAAGGAGGCACUUAAUCUUAAUAUGGACUCCUCACACGCAUUCGUGGGGGACUUCGGCAUGAACAUGGAUGCCGGCGACAACCGCUUUAUGAAUCAGUUUAACUUGGGCGGUGGUACCAACGUCAACAGCAGCAACAUGAGUGGUAUGGACCUGUCCGGCGGACUGGACUUCAGUAGCGGUAUGAAUCUCAUGACGGACUCGUCCAUGAUGCUUGGUGGCAACUCGUCAACAUCCACAGCUGGGCUCAUCGACUUUCCCGACGAGCUCAACUCGCCCACGACGUCAAGCAGUGGCCCGAGUACUAGCAGCUUGGUGAUGGACACAUCAGUGUCAAUGAUGUCCGCGUCGUCAGCGCCAAUGAGCUCCACGACGGACGCGAUCCCAUUUCCGGCUUCACUAGCAUCCGAGUCGCUGACGAACAGCGGCACGUCGUCCUCGUCGUCUAGUGGUCUGGACGUGAUGAACUUUAUGAACACAACCGCGACCAGUAGCGCCAUGAACAACAAUGGCAACGGGAUGGGACUGGACAUGAACAUGGGGAUGAACAUGGGUAUGAAUAUGGGCGUGAACAUGGGCAUGAACAGCAUGGGGAUGGACAUGAGCGGCAACAAUUUCGGUAUGAACGACACGAACAACAUGAUGUUCAACAAUAUGCAGCACAUGAACAUGAUGAACCAGCAGGGGAACUACUACAUGCCUCAGCAGCAAAUGCAGCAACAACACUACAUGCAGAUGAUGCACCAGCAGCGUCAGCUAAACCUGCAGCGUCAGCAGCAACAGCAGAAAGCGCUUCUUGAGCGUCAGCGACUCGCGCAGCAGCAGCAGGCUCUGAAAAAUAAUGCUCACCAGCAGAGCCAACAGCAGCAACAAGCAGCACAGCAGAAACAGCAGCAGAUGCUCGGAACAGGUCAGCUCCCGUCUCAAAUGGCUGCCCAGAGGCAGAUGAGUGCGGGUAAUUCAGGUCUACACGCUACAGGUAAUGCAAACGCAGCACGAUCGCAGCCUCAAGCUUCGACUCAGAACAAUGGAUCAUCGACAACUGCAACGCGACCGACGUGGCAGUCUUCAGCGGACCAGGCGCUGCGCAAGGAGAUGCUGAACCACAUUAUGCGCGUGCUUCAGAACCAGCGAUCGAAUGCUCCAGCAAAUUGGCUGCAGAAGCUGCCGGAGAUGGCUCAUCGUCUGGAAGAUGAGUGCUACCGUAUCGCUGCUUCGCGUGAAGAGUAUGCGAACACAAGCACACUCCAGUCUCGAUUGCGGAGCAUUGUGCGAAGUGCGCAGACUCACCAGCGAAGUGUUGGGGCCAAUGCAAUGAGGCAGCCGGGCACAUCGACUCAGGCUUCUCCAGCGAAUACCCGACCAGCGACGUCCACGCCUGCUGCAACGCCCAUCCCGUUUCCUGGCUUGCAAGCAGUUGCAUCGACGCCGAACGGGGUCAGUUCGGACGCAAAAAACCUCGCUUCUCAAGCUAUUCAAAUGCCGCCGGAACUACAGGACCCGCCGUCUCAAUUGAACACUCCAGUCAAGGCAGAUGCGGCGCAAGCUCAAGCUCUCAUGCAGUCGACACCUUCAGGGAUUGAUUCGUCCUUGUCGGACCGGUUGUCGAUGAGCGGCGCAGGUAUCUCGCCUCUAGCCCAGAACGGGGUUCAAACGACGCCGGGCUCUACUGCCAAUACAAGCGGGAAUGCAACUGGAUCGGGUCCUCCAACGGCCAGCUCUCCUGCCUCGGCUGCGCGCAACAAGUCGGCUCAGAUCAUUUGGCAGUUUAAGGCAAAGGCUCAGCAAGUGACGUCAGCGCUGGAUAAGAACCAGACAACGGAGUACCAUAACAAGCUGCGCCUCAUGGUCCGUGAUGACGUCAAGACCGCUGGAUCGAAGGAAGUGUUGCAGCGUCAACAACAGCGCCUGUUGCUGCUGCGUCAUGCCAUGUGGUGUAAGUCGCCUGAGAGCACAUGCACAACGACGCCGAGUUGUGGGGAGAUGAAGCGACUCUGGGCGCAUAUGGGUGCCUGCCGACAGACUAACGCGUGCUCGUACAACCACUGUAUCUCGUCCAAGUACGUGCUCUCGCAUUUCCAGCAGUGCGUGAACGCUAAGUGUCUCGUGUGCCAAGUUGUUCGCUACCCCGUGGAAGUCAAGGAGAAAAAUGGAGCGCUGAUGCUGGAUGCAGACCGUGCGUUACAGCAGAUUAUCGCUGCGAGUCAGCGUCGUCAGCGUAUGCUAGCAAUGAAGAAACAGCAGGAAAUGCAGCAGCAGCAGAUGCAGCAGUCUCAACAACCGCAGCAGCAGAUGCCUCUGGCUAUGCCUGCGCAUUUGCAGCAACCUCAGAGCAACGGUAAUGCUGCGGCGAUGAACUUCCAACAACCUCAGCAGAGUGUUGGACAGACGGUAAACCACGCUACUCCGAUGGGUGUUAAUAUGAACUCGAUGGGGAUGGCGAUGCCGAACGGAGGCAACCGCUCUGUACCGAUGCCGAUAGCACAAACCAACACGCAGCCUGCUGUGACUUCGAACGGUAUGAUGGGCCAACAGGGAAAUGUCAAGGCGGAGAAUACGGGUGCACCUAUGAAUCUGGUACCAGAUGAUCAACGACAAUUCCAGCUUAUUAAACAGAAGCUAAACGGACGUUCGCUGGAGCAGUUGACGGCGCAUUGCGUGAAGCUGGAGAAGUGGGUGGAAGAGAUUCGAGCGCGUAUGAACGGAAUUAUGAACGAGUGUCGGCAGCUGCUACACCUCUCGAACUCGACACAAGACCCCACGCAGAAGACGCAGUACGAAACGCAGGUACAGGAGAAACGCGUGAUGCUCAAGCAACUGGACGUCAAGUUUAAGCAAUGUAGAAGUCAGCGGAAUAUCGUGAAGCAUGUGAUUGACGAGCGCAACGCUGCGUCGGCGAUGUCAACGCAGAACGGUGUGAAUAACGCCAUGAGUGCGAUGCAGCCGAUUCCGAUGCCACCCCAAAUGCAACAGCAACCUUCUCUCCAACAGCCGCAGCUACCGUCAGCUCCAGCGACGCCGAUGAAGCCAUCGCCUGAUGAUUUGUUGGGUGAAGAGGAUGAUGUAGCUCCCAAGAGUGAUAGCAGUCUUGCAGUGGCGGGAAAGCCUUUGGAAAUGCCGAUGGACCUCCAAAACACAAGUGCGACUCCUGUCUCGGUAGCUGCGCCAUUGAACAUGUUGACAGCGCCGCAGCAACACACAGGCAACCACUCCAUGGCAGCUAUGCGACCAACGCUGCCGAUGAAUCAUGUCCAAGGGAAAGGGUACGGUCAAAUGCAAGGGCAAAUGCUGUACAAUGGGGGGAUGGGCAGUGGGGGAAUGAGCAGUAUGCCACCAACUCCAGGGUCGUUUGGAGACGCGGUGAAAGUAGAACCUCACGUCAAACCUGACACUGUGGGAACAGCUUCAACUCAAGCCACUCCGUCGGCUGUAAAGGAGGAAGUAGCCAUCAACCCACUGACGAUGAACAAUCCGAAGCUGAACGCAAUGAUGUCCGAGCAUCGUCGGAUGGAUGCUAGUACUAACUUGCAGCUUCCAGCCGGUGCUGUAGGAACGCCAAAGGCGAUCAUAGCGACCAGUAGAGGUGAUGCGACCUCAAGUGCUGCAGCGGCAGCAACACCAGCGCCGCCUGCUUCCUCUGAAGUGCCAAUGUCUGUGCUGAACGAACUCAGUAACGAGGAUCUAGCUUCUCAUGUGGACUCUUUGUUAACGUUCUACAACGCCACAGUGUCCCCUGCGAAUCUGAAGAAGAAAUUGGAAGGAACUCUAAGAGGAAUGAUGGAGCACAAGUUUGGCUGGGUGUUCAACACGCCCGUGGACCCGGUGGCGCUGAAUAUCCCGAACUACUUUAAGAUUGUCCGGAAGCCGAUGGACUUAGGGACUGUGAAAAAGAAACUGGAACUUGGGAUUUACAAGCACACGGAGGAGUUCGCGUAUGACGUCCGAACGACGUUCCAGAAUGCAAUGCAGUACAACAGCGAAGACCAGGAUGUCUACAGUCUCGCGAAGGACAUGCUAGCGGACUUUAACAGUGAAAUGCGCAAGGUUGUAGCCGAAAUCGAUGUCGACGAGACGGCUGCUCGUGAGAAGGAGAGCUCUUGUCGACUCUGCGGCAUUGAGCGCAUGGUAUUUGAGCCUGCUGUGCUGUACUGCAACGGCGAGUGUAACAGUCGUAUCCGACGGAACUGCUACUACUACACGUCAGCGGAUAACAAAUAUCACUGCUGUCAUCAAUGCCACGCUAAUCUGCCUGAUUCCAUCAAGCACAACGAAGGACGCCAGUAUCUGAAGAGUGAGCUCGCGCGGAAAAAGAACGACGAAGUGCACGAAGAGCCAUGGGUGCAGUGUGACAAAUGCGAGCGUUGGGUUCACCAGAUCUGCGCGCUUUUCAAUGGAAAGAUUGACAGUGAGAAGAAGCCGCAGUUGGUCAAGACCGAGGGAGGUCAGUCAACUGACAGCGGCGAUGCUUCUCCGUCGCCUUCGUCGUCGAAUGCAAAGUCUACGACUGUCACUACGACAGUUGUCAAGAGUUCUUCUUCGUCAUCGGGAUCGAAAGGGACGGUCCACUCCAUCACGAUCUCGCCCGGCAGCGAGUUUCUAUGCCCCGAGUGCUUACUGGAGCACCGCAAGAGUGAACCUCAGAAGUACAAGAUCGGGCGCCACGCCUUCAGUGCGAAGGAUCUGCAGCGCACGAAGCUGUCAGAUUUUCUGGAGCGUCGUCUAACCAAGUCAUUGCAAGCAGAGCGUGAGGAUGAGGCCAAAUGGACGCAACGCGACGUGAAAGAUGUGGAGACGGCGGAAGGUCUGACUGUGCGUUUGGUGUCGAACAUUGAGAAGCAGCUGAUGGUGCGCGAUAAAAUGUUCCAGCGGUACAAGGACUCGCACAAGUACACGUCCGAGCAUCGGUUCAAGUCCAAGUGCAUUUGUAUGUUCCAGGAGAUUGAUGGUGUGUCGGUGUUGCUGUUCGGUAUGUACGUACACGAGUUCGACGAGCAAGAAGCGGAUUGCAACUCGCGUCGCGUAUACAUCUCGUAUCUGGACUCGGUGAACUACUUCAAGCCGGCUCAUCUGCGCACCAAGGUGUAUCACGAACUGUUGAUUGCGUACUUUGACUUUGUCAAGCAGCGUGGCUUCCACACGGCGCAUCUGUGGGCUUGUCCACCUCUGAAGGGCGAUGACUAUAUCUUGUACUGCCAUCCCGAGGUACAGAAGACGCCCAAGUCGGAUCGUCUACGCGCUUGGUAUGUGGAUAUGCUGGUCAAGGCUGAGGAAGAGGGGGUAGUAUGGCAGAUCACCAAUAUGUACGAUGACUAUUGGCGCAAUGAUAACACGCCGUGUGCUCUGCCGUACUUCGAGGGCGACUAUUGGGUCGGCCUGGUCGAAGACUUGAUCGAGAAGUUGGACGCCGAGAAGCCGAAAAAGAUUGUCAAUAAACGUGGCUCCAAGUCGCACAAGCGCAAGAACUCGGAUACGAAGAAAGCGGCGAACAAGAAGUCGAAAUCGAAGAAGCCAAAGCGCCGGAAGACAGCGUCUGGUGGCGAGGCGUCAGGAGAUGAGGACGAAGACGACGAUGCACAUGAUGGUACUACGACGAGUAGCCGCACGCUUACAGUGAAGUCGUUGGAUACUCCAGACCGGAAGCUGUCGGACCCUUUAAUGCACAAACUCGGUGAAGUGAUCGAGCCCAUGAAGGACGACUUCUUGGUGGUGAAGCUGGUACCAUGUUGUCGUGUGUGCAACACGUCUGUGGUGCAAGGCGUGCUUUGGCGCGACCACAGUGUGCAAACAGAGCACGGUCUUAAUCCGAAGGUGGUGCAAACUGCCUUGUGCGAUGGAUGCUACCAGAAGCUCAAGGCUGUAUCGGUUGCAGGUUCAUCUACAGCCCACAACAGGCUCCAGACGCGGCUGAACGCAUUGACAAAGGAGAAUGUAGCAAUACCAGAACGCUGCACGGACCCGGAUGAGACCAACGACAGCGAGUUUUUCGACACCCGUCAAGCAUUUUUGAGCCUGUGUCAAGGCAACCACUACCAGUUCGACGAGCUGCGGCGAGCGAAACACUCGUCUAUGAUGGCGUUGUACCACUUGGGCAACCCGAACCCGAACGCCUACGUGUACGAGUGCAACGCGUGCACGCGCGACAUCGUGACGGGCAACCGCUGGCAUUGCCACACGUGUCCGGACUUUGACGUGUGCGACGCUUGUUACGCCAAGGAGAAGCACGAACAUCCACUGGAAAUGGUGCCGACAAGUGGCGGAGGAGCCGCUGGAACUGGUGCUGGUGGUCCUGCUGGAGCCGGAGGCGCAGCUGGCACUGCAGCUCUGACUGCAGAGCAGCGCCGUCUUCGCGAACAGCGCGCCAAGAACGUUCGUCUGCACAUGCAGCUGCUAGUGCACUCGAGUUCGUGUGCAGACGGCAACUGUGGCUCGUCCAACUGCGAGAAGAUGAAGGAGCUGAUGCGUCACGGCGCGCAGUGCAAGCAGCGAGCGUACGGCGGCUGCACGAUCUGUCGGCGUGUGUGGGCGCUACUGCAGCUCCACGCUCGGCAGUGUCGCCAAUAUGAGUGCAAGGUGCCGCGCUGUCACGACCUGCGGGAGCAUGUGCGCAAGCUGCAGUUACAGCAGCAACUCAUGGACGACCGUCGUCGCGCUGCUGUCACGCAACAGUAUCGCCAGAUGCAGAACGAGCGACAACAGGAACAACAGAGCCGAGCUCAAGGCGACGAGCCCAUGCCACAGGCAUGA